AUGCCGCCAUCGCGCCGACAUUCGCUGGCCAAGGCGUGGUCGACCAUCAAGUCGGUCACGCCCUUUGUGCGGAGCCCGAGCAACCGCACGAUUCUCUUGAAUCCAGAGCUCAUUGAGGCCGUGGCGGGCCCGCUCCAGCGAGCCAAAGCCACGGCGCAGCACGUCCUGCCGGUCGAGGCGGUGGCCGACCGCCUCACGUCGCUUCGGCACCACGCAGCAAGCGAAGUUAGCCCCUCGCGGCUGCCCGCAGGAGUGCCUCUCGACGCACUCAAAUCGUUUCUACCGACAGCCAAGUCCCAUUCGGCGGCGCCCCGGAUUGCCCUCGAGGACAUUUGGCGCGAAAUUGAGAUUGAGAAACAUCUUCUCGUGCAGCAAGGACCCGAGAUCAUUGCCGAAUGCGAACGCAAGCUGCACGGGCUCCUUGGGCAUCCGCCGACACAGGAGCUCGACCGUGUCAAGACGCUUGUGGAGCAGCUCGGACUCAAGGAAGAGGUGCUUCGGGGGUUGUUGCCGCAUCAAGCACCGACCGUCGAGACGAUGCAGCAGCUCGCACUCCUCAACAGACUGCUUGAUGCGCCGUCUACAUCCGAUCUCCCGAACAUACUGCGAAAAGCCAAGACGCUCGCCGAUCAGCUCAGUCCCGACCACCCGAGUUGCAACCUCCCCGCCAAAGUGCUCAAGACGACUUUUGCCCAUGCGAGCCACAGCGAGGAGCCGGACAAGUACCAAGACCUCUUGAGUCUGCUCAAAGCCGUCUCCAAAGCAAGUCCAAAGAAGGAGCACAAUCACGUGCUUCUGACGCUCACGCACCUCGCCAACGAAGUGCUGGACGAGAAAAUCGAGCUCAUCAAGCUGAGCUUGAGCGAGGCUGGCGUCGCGUGCCACGCCCUCUACAACAGCUUCUUUCUCCUCAUCCUCGCUGUCAUGUUUUGCGCGCUCACUGUCUUCCUCCUCUCGCUGGCCAUGACCCAGUUUCUCACCACGUUCUUGCUCGUCUCGUACCUCGACAGUCUCUGGAUCACGACCGCGGUCGCCCUCACGAUCGGUCUUGUGCUCGGACUACUGGGGAUUGCGAUAUUAAAGCGCACCAUGGUCGAGCUACGGACGCUCCUGCUCAGUCCCCGCGAGCUCAAGAAAACAAAGUCGUUUGGGAAAAAGAAGAAGACUCGCCCCGAGAGCAAACCCAAGCUCGACGACGACCGUCUUGGCUCGUGGAUCAAAGGCCUCGCGGAAGAAGAUGCGGCAGAACACGCCGACGCGUCACCUCCGGCCUCAGUACCUAGCAGCAACGAACCACCGCAAACCCAACCCGAUGAUGUGGCGCCGUCGACAAGUCAAGCAGACAUACCACUCGUUUCGGCUAUGAAAGAGCCGGAGCCGAAUGUCGAUCAGCCUGAAGCGCGCACCGAGACAGUAGCCGUGCUCCUGCCCGACACCAGUAAAAGACCAUCCGGAGGUCUCAAGCGGCUUCCGUCCAUCUCUGAAGACGCAGACGAGACAACCGGAGCCAAGGUCGACCAUAGUGCGCUCGUGGAAAGCGAGAUUGCACCGCUUCUAUCUGCCAUGGUGUCGCUCGUCGAGGCGCUCGACUGUAGCCUCGUGGCAAAGACCGACGACGUUCUUGUGGUCGACCUUCCACGCCAAGACAGCAGCGACUGCUUUGGCGACGUCCUCGACUCCGACACACAAGCCGAGGCGUGGCUUUUGCAAGACAUGGCCAACGCACUUCAACCCGCACCAGUUGUCACUAGCACUCUGCCCGAGUCGAUCGCGCGCGUUCAAGUGCUGCUUCUGCCGCCGCCCAAGCUUCCUACGCUGGCCCUUUUGCCAAUUCCGUUACUGGCCAUCGAGCCAAACACAGUUGCUUCAACAACGGCCUUGCGUGAAGACGACAUGGUAGAGACGUCGCGCGUAGAAGCUACGCUCGAAGCGGCCGACGAGAGUACGAUACAGUUGCCCCCGGUGCCGAUGCUGCCAGAGCUUAUUGAAGCGGUCGCGAUUGAACCACCGACGCCACUUCCACCAGCCCCCGUGGUCGUGGAACUACCGAGUCUGGUGCCAAUGCUAGCGCAAAGCGAGCUCCCGACGCAAGGCGUGCACGGCAACGAGCUCAGCGGCGUGCACGUGAUUGAGCAGCUCCGAGAGCGCUGUCCGCCGUUGAUUGCGGGCUCAUUGACGCUGAUUCUGGGCAACCCCAAAGCCAUCGAGGCUGGUACGCGUGGCAGCACGCCGUAUGCCGAUCUGAAUCGCUGCUUCACGCUGGACAUCGAGACAACGGCCCCGAGCGGCCCCUUUUUGUACGAAGAGACGCGAGCUCGUGAACUUGCGCCAUACCUGCGCCGUAGCGACCUCAUGCUUGAUUUGCACGCGACCAACAAGCCGUCCGAGCCUUUCUUCAAGCUUGCGGGUUCGCUCUCGCCAGCGCACUAUGAUGUUUGCCGGUGGUUUCCGUGCGACACCAUCUUGCAUGACGCUCAACAUAAGUUGGCGGGCAAAAUCGCGCUCUCGGAUGAAUUUGUCGGUGCGAACGGAGGCAUCGGGCUCAUUUACGAGAGCGGUCUUGCGGCCGACACGUCGCAGGUUGCCGCGCUCACGCAGGCAGUGCUUGCAAUUCUGUCGCACGAGGCAAACAUCAUUCCAGCGCCCGUCGAUGCCGUUCCGCCGCCGCCGAAACCAUCGACGAUCUAUGAAGUCACCGAGGUGUUUCGACUGCCACCAAGCGGCUUUUCGUGGCUCAAUAAUCACGGCGGCCACAACUUUGAGUGCGUGCCGGCCCACGAGCCCAUUGGCCGCUUUGGCGACGGCUCUUUGCUUUGCAUCGACUAUGACGCAUACAUUGUGUUUCCCAAGGUACCCGUGCUGUGGAAGCAAGAUGCGCCGCUAGGUUGGUUGGCCAAAAAGGUCCCUUCGGAUUAG